CCGAAAAGCCAGCCUGGCCGAAUGCCGGGUUCCUGAACAUCAAUCGGGCGGGCUGGAGAUUGUCACCUACUUAUAUACUUCGUACAUUACCACCACCCUCGUUUGGUUUCGCUUUGCGACCCUUGACUCUUUCCUCUUGUGCGACCCAGUUUUCUUCCAGCCGCCGUCCUUUUGUAUCUACCAGCUGCCUUGCUCCAAUAUCACAUUCCCUGGCCGAGUCGUCAAGGUUCUCGCGCAUCUCGACAGCGACCGUAAUACCGAGUCGCCCCCCAUGGCUCGCACAAAGCAGGCCACGCCUCUCCGGCGUGAGCCGUCCUCCGAGUAUGCCAGCAAACACGAUCGGGGUGCGCGAAGCGUGGAACCAGUUGCAACAAAUGGAAUCGCAGAAUCGCCCACCGAGAAGACCAAUGGCCAGGUAUCCCGAGACAGGGCCCUAGUCGCGAAGAGGGACGCCGGCAUUGUUACCCUCGUUAUCGACGUUGCCGGCAUCUACGCUUCCUUCCUAACAUGGGCCUACCUCCAAGAGAAGCUCACCACGACCGCCUACGGCCCGCCGUCCUCCCCGGAGCGCUUCAAGUUCCCCGUCUUCCUCCUCACGAUCCAAUCGCUCUUCGCCUUCGCCGGCGGCAAGCUCUUCUCCAUCCUGACCACCUCGCGGGGCCAGCGCGUGCCGGCCAUGAUCCCGAGCCGACAGAUCCUGGCGCCGCUUAUGCUGGUGGCGUUCACCAACGCGCUCGCCGCCCCCUUCGGCUACGCCGCGCUGGCCCACAUCGACUACAUCACCUACAUCCUCGCCAAGAGCUGUAAGCUGCUGCCCGUCAUGUUCCUGCACAUCACCGUCUUCCGCAAGCGCUACCCGCUGUACAAGUACCUGGUCGUCGCGGCCGUCACGUGCGGCGUCGCCGUGUUCACGCUGCACUCGGGCAGCCGGAAGCAUGGGGCUAGCAGCAGCAGAUCGCAUUCGGGCCAGACCGCAUGGGGGCUGUUGUUGCUGGGGAUCAACCUGCUGUUUGAUGGCCUGACCAACUCGACGCAGGACUAUAUCUUUGGGACGUUCAAGGGCUAUUCUGGACCGCAGAUGAUGGCGGCGAACAACCUACUGGGCUCGCUGAUCACCGGCGGGUAUUUGCUGCUUAGUCCCUGGCUCGUACAUACUCCGGUUGGGGAGUGGUUCGGCAUGGAUGUUGGCAAUGGUGGCGGUGGUGAGUUGAAGGCUGCGUUGGCGUUCCUGGCGAGACACCCGGCUGUGUGGAGGGACGUGUUGGGUUUUGCGCUGUGCGGCUGCGUCGGUCAGGUGUUUAUCUUCCAUACGCUGUCAACCUUCUCGUCCGUGCUGCUCGUCACCGUGACCGUCACGCGCAAGAUGUUCACCAUGAUCCUCAGCGUCGUGGCCUUCGGCCACCGCCUCUCCCAGAUGCAGUGGCUCGGCGUGGCAUUGGUGUUUGGUGGCAUCGGGGUCGAGGCGCAGAUUGCCCGGCGCGAGAAGCUGGCCAAGGAAGCUGCGAAACGGGAUGCCGCGGCCGCAGCAAAGGCGCAAUAAUACGUACUAACCGAUGCCGUGCUGUGGUCCGGGCUGGGACGGAGAUAUAUACCUAGUAUGGGGGCGCUUGUAGAUAUACGGUACUAGAGAGCUAUCUAGAUACCUACUCGGUUCUGGUAUAUUGCAUUCCUGCUUUGCCUUUGCCUGGUAUCUUAUUCGGGUGAUGGAUACACUGGAAGCUUCUUACAUGAGCCACCUACUCUUAUCCAAACAGCACCUUGGUGGGGAGUAAGCUCCGAUGGUAGCGGAGACAGAGGAGAAGGUUGGUCUGCGACUCAUGGUCUCGAUGGUAAGGGAGAGCAGAACCCAAGCAACGCUGACAAGAAGAAUGGGAUAGCAGCAGUUGAUUGCGUGGCGGUGAAGAGAUAUUAUGAUCCCGAAGUUGCGAGGUUUCUGUCACCCCGGACCCAAAAACUAGGUAGGACUGCAGGAUAUAAGGGACCAGGGCAGGUUGGCAACGAUCUGUCCGACCGUUUCUUCACGCACG